UUGGUUAUCCGGAGAGCAAUUGUAUUUUUGAAUUCAACACAAGGCGAACGAGGAUGGAGGGAACUCCAUCUCGUCGGCCCGAAGAUGCAGCAACAUCCAAGCCGAAGGUGCUGUGGUCGUCGGCAAAAAAGGCCAAGCGGCAAAAGAUGGAUCGCUACAUGAGUGCUGAAAAGGAGAACGCGACUGCUGCGGACAGAAACAUAGCGACGUUGGAUGUCCUCAACGAGGAAGACAUUGUCCAGGUUGAAGCAAACCUCCACGGCGACUUUGACUCUAUCAAGUUGCCACGGUGGUUGCGAAAACGCCGGGAGAUGCUUAAACACACGGCGGACCUGCAAGUCGCGCCAUCCUCUCCACCUGCGUCGUCGAUUCUGUUCUUCACAGCACCAGAACUAGCGCAAGCGGCCGCACCACCUCGCGAUUACCGCAUUCUAAGGCCCAUCUCGCGCCCGCCCCCUCCCAACUUUCCCGAACGACAGACAGGCAGUGUUUUUGUGGACUACCCUCGUCGCGUUUCGUCCGUCUCGCGAGUGCUAUUUCAAGCAGAUACCCUCACAAAGGAUGACUUUUACAUCAACGUGCUGGCGACUCACCCAUCCCAGUUGACCGUCGCAUGCGCCACCUUGAAGGAUGUCGUGAUUUACCGCGCGAUCAAUGCUCGCCGGACCAUGUCCACCCUACCCAUAAAAGACAAGCUUCCAUCGUCAUCCACGUACAUCUCGUCGCUUGCAUGGACGUCCCCAAGUCACCUCGCCGUCGGGACCUCAGACGCCAACAUCUACAUUUACGACGUCUCCCAUUCCGGCAUAUGCGUGCAGUCCAUUGUGGGCGGCCACUCUGACCGGAUCAGUUCGCUGGCAUGGUCCGAGCCGAGUUCGAUCUUGAGCUCUGGGUCCCGCGAUGCCUCAAUUGCUCAUCACGACCUGCGACUUCGCCAGCCCACCCUUCCGAUCCGAUCUCAAGGACAUGAUCAAGAAGUGUGCGGACUCGCUUUUGCCGGCAACGGCACGUCCUUGGCCUCUGGGGGGAACGACAAUGUGGUCAAUAUAUGGGACCUCAAACAAGUGCACAGACCGGUUCAUCGGUUGAUGGAGCACUCCGCCGCCGUGAAAGCGCUGGCGUGGUGUCCGUGGGAAGCAUCGCUCUUGGCAAGUGGCGGAGGCACCGCUGACAAGUCAAUCAAACUCUGGAACUCGAACACGGGCAUGCUGUUGCAGUCAAAAGCCACGCACGCCCAGGUGUCUGCCUUGGUCUGGUCGUCUCCUCAGAGCGGAAACAAGUAUAAAGAAUUGCUCAGUGCACAUGGGUUUCAAUCUCCCGCGAUGACGCUGUGGAGCUACCCUUCCAUGCAAAAGAUCCGUUCUUUUACUACCCGUUCUGGUACGUGCUCCAUGAGGCGAUGUUCUCGAGUGCUCAUGAUGGGACUCAUAGGUCGGAUCCUGAACCUCGCGUCCAAUGGAAGCUCCCACGUCGUGUCAUGGUGCUCGGAGGGAACGCUGCGGCAAUGGGAUUUGUUUCUCCCAACACCUCCCACGGCAGCAGGUCCACCUGGAAGCGGAGGGCUUCCACUUCGAACUGCACUAGCACGAGCUCCCACCACCGACGAGAACUCUCACCCUUAAUAGCACAUUCUUAUGUAGAAUCGCCAUCCUGCCGUGGUCCAUGCCGCGCCACAUGGAGAAGACGACGAGGAAUCCGCCGUGACCUCAGACGCAUGAACCGGUUCAAUUUUGUUUAAAUUCCAACGUUAUUUCGGCCUGCA